CUGCAGCUCGAAUCGACAUACCGGCUUCUAUCAAACCAACGAUUCGUCCUCUAUCCUGUUUGAAUUUACAUUUGGAAACCAUUGGUUUAACCAUCAUGUCAGGUACUAGUGAGAGCAGUAAUCAAACAGCACAGCAACCAUUGAAUAAUGCAAGACAUGAAGAAUCACAAGUGUUUAAUCGCAAUUGGGCUGGAUUCUUUCUUCUUGGACUCUGUACACACCUUCCUUGUGCCAUAAUGGAUACUGCUGCAAAUACAAUAGCCCAAAGUGACAACGCAAGUAACUUUGUGGCUACUGUAUACGGUGCAGGCAAUGGAGCUACAACAGUUGUGAAAAAUGUCAAUGCAUUUCUCCUGUUUCGUGUUUCCUACGGAAGUCGGUUUCUAUCAAACAGUAUCCUUAUGCUCUCAGGGAUAAUUGGACUAGCAUUUUCUCAAUCAUUUCCACUUGCAAUUGUUUCAAUCGUACUUGUUGGUGCAUCAAACGCUUUUGGAGAAAAUCUUGCUUUAGGAUAUCUAUCUAAGUUUGACAGUGGUCAUGUAACAGCUUGGGGCAGUGGAUAUGGGCUAGCAGGACUCCUUGGGGCUCUUCUGUAUGUGGUAUUUGGUUGUUUUAUUGAUAAAGAAGGGGACCCUCAAGACAUGAGAAAUCUGGAUAAGUGGGCAUUCAUUAGUGUUGCACCAUCAGUCAUUAUAUAUUUGACCGCAUCGUUAAAAUUAAUCAAGGCACCAAACAAAAGUGAGCAAGGCAUAGUGGAGAGACACCAGAGUGAAGAGAGUACUAAGUCAUCUCAGGAGACAACUCCGCUAUUGGUUAACACAGCAGAUAUCUUAAGAGUUCAACAAGGAGAAUCUUUUACAGGAGAUGCUUCAGAUUUGUCAAACUCCUUUUCUCAAGAGACACUUGCCAACUUUGAUGCUGAUGAUGAUGAUGUAGCAGAAACGACUGAAAUACAUUCUUUUACCAUCAAGCUCAAAGCUUUUUUCCAUCAAGUAAAAAGAUGCAUCAAACUUGUUGCAUGGUUAUCAUUAUGUUUGGCAGUGAUACAAUUCACAAGUUACACAAUAAGAGUUGCUGCAGCCAAGGCAAGAGACAAACCUGAUGUCACAAAAUGUCCUGAGUUUUAUGCAUCAUUACAACUUUGCUAUCAGGUGGGUGUCUUUGUCUCACAGUCAUCGUUACCAAUCGGCAAGAUCAGACAAGUUGGUCUACUGACUUUAUUUCAGACCAUAAAUAUGUUAGUAUGGAUCUUCAAUGAAAACAAAACAUUCCGGUUUUUGCCAGUUGCAAUUCUUCCAUUCUUGAUGAUCAUUGCUGGUGUAUUGAGAGGUGCUGUAUAUGUCAACAUAUUUUACAUGAUAAGGACGGACAGUAAAUAUCCUGACAGAGACAGAGAGAUGUGUGCAAAUGUGGCCUCUAUAUUUCUUACCGUUGGCUUAUCCUUGAGUUGCAUUCUGCAAACAGUUCUCUUCAAUACUGUUCUACUCCCAUAUUAAAAACCACCACAUUGAGCAAACUUAUGCAACAUGGUAACAGAUGAUAGCAAAGAUAUAACUACAGUAAAGCUUCUUGGCAUCAAAUGGCACUUUGUGGGCUUGAGUCUCUUCAGCAGCCAUUGCAUGAGGCCCUGCUAGGCUGCCUUCCUGCACAUCUUCCCCCACAUCACAGCAUGUCAUAUUCUCAACUAUUCCUGCAUUAAGUAAAAUAAAGAAUUUGGGGUUAAAUAAAGUAAAUUUUCUUUGUUCUAGCCAGUACAAAACAUGAUGAUUACUAAUCCAAUUCACCCGUCAUCAUUCACCAUUGUGCCAUUUUGGGAGUCAAUGUGAAACCAUGGAUUCCUCCAUGAUUGUGCAAUGUAGUGAACAUUUUACAUGCCGACCAUAAAAUUCUGAUGCAAUUUUACUUCCAAACAGUGAAUGUGGCAAACCGUAAUAAUAAUAGUAUAACAAACUUAUUUAUAAAACGCUUUUAUACUAAGCGCUUAAAGCAACAGUAGCCACGUAACAUUAAUGCAAUGGGUCAAAACUUUUUCUUUCUUUUUUAAAUGUUAUGAGACUUAUUAUGAUGUAGAGAAUCAGAAGUUUUAAAGCUAAAAAGAGUGCUCCUUUAAUUUAGUUGCUAGAGUUUAUUCACAAAUACACCUGAUUAGAAGCGGUGUAUUUGAAUAUCCUGACAACUUGAAUAAACUAAAUAAAACUACACGCUUUGGGGGAACUGCGCCUGCGCUAAUAAUAAGGCCCGCAUUAAUAAUAAGAAAAACUUUUGAUUUUAGUUUGACACUGCUGUGUACUACUUGGUAGUUGCACAAGGUGGAGACAAAUGUUGUGCUCUUUUCAAAAAUUAAAAUGGCUCAAAAGCAGGCCACUAGCUGUGAUGACACAGCUAAAAGUUAGAUCAUCAAGUUCAGGAGUAUACAUGUAACACGAAAGGAUGUGAUGGGAGAACACAUAAAUGAUGUUCCCAGUGGCUGCUGGGCUGUUGUCUGUGUAAACUACACUUGGUGACUAACCACACUCCCAAGAAUUAUGCAGUAACAUUUUUAUUGCACAGGAUUCCUAGACAAUUUAGAAACUUUAUCGGGAAGGGUGUGCCAAAAGAGCCUAAGAGCACUAGACAGUAUUGAUUCUUACCCAAAAUAUAUAUAAGCAAAAAACUUACUUGGUAACAAGCAAAGGGGAGCUGCUGAUCGAAAAAUACAUUGGGAUAACCCACUCCCUAUGGAGAAAUGUGGUUUUCUCUCUAAAAUAAUUGAAUCUGAAAAAUACUUCCGGCCUGAAGCCUUUUUCAUGCAUCUGAAAGCACAAACAA